AUGGGCCCGGGCUCUGGCGCCGCGAGCACGGUGGGACGGAGGUCGACACUGGUCAGCACCGCGGCUGGUGACGCCGCGAGGCGCCCGCCAACUCUCGGCGACGGUGAGACGGUGCAAGAUGUGCAGCUCUCGGCAGACGUCGAGGCGCUCGAGCUGCGGUGCAACGAGCCGCUCCGCUCCCGUACGACCCGCUUGUACAGUGACAAGUGGCACGGCUCGACGCCUGGGAGUGUUGUCCUAUCAUCCGCGCUCGUCGGCGACUCGACCGACUUCCCCAGCGAGAGUGUUGCGAGCAACAGGGUCGCCUCGGCGGCUUGA